AUGGCGUGUCAGCCGUUCGGUGCCGAUUCCUUCAGUUCGCUAGCUCCGGAGUUGCCGAUCCUGAUGCACCACGCGUCCACCAGUGACUGCCUGUCCACCGGCGCUCACACCCACUCCAUGGUGUCUGCAGUCUCCUCUGGACUGUCCCUGGGUCAGUCCAAACGCUCGCACAUGCACCUCUCCACCACGCCCCUGGGAAACGCACCUUCGAGCCUCCAUUACCCAGUCGCCCCCUGUCACUACGGCAACCAGCAGACCUAUGGCAUGAUGACCGCUCAGGAGAUGCUCUCGGCCAGUAUCUCUCAGACCCGGAUCCUUCAAACCUGCGGCGUCCCUCACCCAAACAUGGUCAGCACUUCAAAUCCUCUACAAGGUACAGACAAAGCAGGUAAGAAUCUGGCCAUACAGGCGUCGACGUGA